AUGGCGGUAGCGCUGGCAAGCAGCGCGGCUGCCAUGGCGUUCAUGCCGUCCCCUCAACCAUGCAGCAUAACAACAUCGUCCAUCACAUGCAAGUCUCCGUUGUGUUGUCCUCCAUGCACACCCUUUUCUCUGCUCGCAAACGGCGUACCUCCUUCGCUUCUUCUCCCAAAGUUAAGAUCCAACGCCGGCUCGGGAAAGAGCUACAAGGAGCGGUCCUUCCAACUUGCACGGACGUCUGCCAAGGGUCCUGGGGGAGCCAGCGAUUGGAUUAUUGAGGAUAUGGAUGCUGCAGAAGCGGAGGACAUGCAAGCUUGGUUGGAGGAGACCUACGAGGCUGUGGACUAUGAGGAGGCGCUGCAACGAGCAGGCUGCCUCUCAGAGUCCGAGCCAGACCAGAGCGAAGCGCAAGAAGAGGAUUUCAUCGCUGACGAAUCUGCUAUGUACAUGGAAGAAGAUUCAAUCUGCGAGGGGAAGGAGAGGGAGUUGACGUAUGGGGAGAUGGACCUUGCUUUCUUCGUCGCUCUCCUGCGGAAGAUGCGGACGAGGGUCAAGACCGACGGGAACUUCUUUGACGUUGGGUGUGGGCGAGGGCAGCUUGUUCUCGCAGCUGCCAAGACGGGGUGGGCCAAUAGGAUAGAGAUCAUGAAGGACGUGCUGGAGAUUGGCAGAGGAGCGAUCCUUGUGCUUGAAGGAGGGGGGAUGCCGAGCUCAGAGUGCGUUCUGCACGAAGGGGAUAUGUACACGAGCAUGGAACUGUGCAAGGACUCGGACCUGAUCUUCGUGUAUGCCACCUGUUUCGCCACCACCGACGGAAAGCUGUCGAACGCUCUUGCUGCGCAUACGAAACCCGACGCCAGGAUCAUUACGGUCAACAAGAAGCUGAGCGAGGACGACAACUUCGUUCUCGAGGAGACCUACAUGGGCCCGAACCCUGACAGCGCGACCAACCCAGCCAUUGCCUACGUCUGGAGAAAGCAGAGUCCGUAA